CCAAAAUAGUUCAAUUUCAAAUUCAAACGGCCGGAGACGGUGGAGGACUGUAGAGACCGAAGACUCAGCUUUACUUAAGAGCAUGUCCCGCUUGCCAGUUAUGACAAGUAAGAGGGUCCUUACAAGCAGCAGCAGCAGCUCAGAGAAUGGCCAAGACUUUGCGCCCGCUCAGAAGAGGCUUCGUAAGGACCCCGAUACACUCAAACCCCAAGCAGCAGCUACAGUCAUCGGUGGCAAGCGGCCUCCUGUUGCAGCAACCAGGGCACCUCUUUCUAAGUCAGUCAGAGGCGUGGGAGCUGCCACCGUGGCUGCUGGUCCUUCCAGAGGUGUCCUAAAACCGUCUAUAGCUUCAGCUGCAACAAAGGGAGGCAACAUGAAACAACCUGUUGUUUCCACGGGCACAAAAGCAGGUGGGGGCGGGGCCCCCAGGCGGCAUGCGUGGGACCUGAAAGGUAAGGUCGCCGACAUGGAGGAUAAGGUCCGUAACUACCAGACCAAGGUCAAAUCUGUGAACCAGGAGAAUGAGGUUCUGAGAGGCUCGAUGGUCCAGAGCAAAACAAAAGUGGCUGAAAUGGAGAGAGAGCUUGAGAACCAGAGGAGCCAGAUCAGUGAGUAUGAAGAGGAGCUGCAGGCACUGUCAGGAGUCCGGGAUGAGUUGGAGAAAGUAUCGAGUGAUAAGAACACUCUUCAAAAAGAGCUCUCCAACUUAGAGGGCAAAUACAAGGUCAUGGAGACACUCCGAGACAGCCAAGAGACAGAGUUGGAAACUCUCAAGAUGAAGCUUUCGGUACAGGAGACGACUCUGGCCCGCCUGCAGGCGACCCUCAGAAACACAGAGGAAGAGGUCCGCUGUCUCAAAGAGACUGUUGCCCAGCAAAAGGACGAGCUCCAUGCCGGGGAAAUGGAGCGCAGACGGCUCCACAAUACCAUUCAGGAGCUCAAGGGCAAUAUCAGGGUGUUUUGCAGAGUGCGUCCACUGGUGGAUGGAGGUAUCAGCAAGCACAUCCAGCUCCCAGCCAGUGACAACAAGAUGAUAACGCUGGCCAAAACAGAGGAGUCUCACACAGGCAAAACUGCAGACACUCAGAAGAAUUACAACUUCAGUUUUGACCGUGUGUUUGGCCCUCAGGCUGCACAACAGGAGGUCUUCGAAGAGAUCUCUCUGCUGGUGCAGUCAGCCUUGGACGGCUACAACGUCUGCUGCUUUGCCUAUGGCCAGACAGGAAGUGGAAAGACGUACACCAUGGAGGGAAACGAGUUUGAUGAGACCAGAGGAGUCAUUCCCAGAGCCGUGCAGCAAAUUUUCAAAGCGGCAGAGAAACUGGGUGCACACGGCUGGGAGUUCACUUUCACAGCGAGCUUUGUUGAAAUCUACAACGAGACCCUACGAGACCUCCUCUUCACCGGCAAAGCCAACAAGAGGCCUGAGCAUGAGAUCCGAAAGUCAACCAACAAUGAGGUGACAAUCACCAACCUCACCUAUGAAAAGGUCUCCAACGAGGAUCAGGUUCUCGGUCUGAUUGCCCUGGCCAAUCAGAAUCGCUCCACAGCCCAGACAGCCCAGAAUGACCGCUCAUCUCGCUCCCAUUCAGUCUUCCAGCUGGAUAUCGAGGGAGUCAAUGCUGGCAGGGAUGUCAAAUGCAAGUCCACUCUGUGCCUGGUGGACUUGGCUGGCAGUGAGCGAAUGGUGAAGAGUCAGUCCCAGGGUGAGCGCUUCAAAGAGAUGACGGCCAUCAACGGCUCCCUGUCCAAUCUGGGCAUCGUCAUCACCGCACUGGCCAACAAGGAGAGCUAUGUUCCUUACAGAAACUCCAAGCUCACCUAUCUUCUGCAGGGCUGCUUGGGAGGAAACAGCAAAACCCUGAUGUUUGUGAACAUCGCCCCAGAGACAGACAGCUUUGGGGAAACCCUCAACUCCCUGAGGUUUGCCAGCAAGGUGAAUGACUGUGUUAUUGGGACCGCUAGCGCCAACAGGAAGUAGAGCGAUGUUCUGGGGGGAAAAAAAA